AUGAGCCUCUGGAGGAACUGGAUGCUCCUCACCUGGGUGCUGCUUGCAGGUAAGGAAAAGAGAAAGAUGGUAGUGAGGGCACAAGUACUGAAUUACAAAAAAAGACUUCAUAAAGGGAUGUGAGCUGUGUGUGGCAAGAGAGGGUAGGAUCAGAGGAAGGGAGAGCAUGGCUUCUCUGCAGUUCCAGUCAAUGCACGCUGCCAUAGUUGAAGAAUGUUAUCCCCAGAUUCCUUAGGAAGAGAGUUUGCCCAUGUGUACAUAAUGUUCAAUGUUCCUGAAGAGCUACCCCGCUGCUUACUGAUUUGCCCAAUCUAUGAGGACUUAAGAGCAGACUUGUUCCAAUAUUUAAACCUCUCAGUUGAGAGAUGGAUUUGGUACCUUAUUAACUUUUUAUUAGGGCCCAUGCUUGCACAGAUGUGAACAGCGCUCACUUCCAUAAUGGGCCCCUGACCCUAAAGUGUGCUACAGUGUUGGUGCAUUGUUUCCCAACCCCAGAUUGUUGCUGUAUAUGUGCUUGGUUGGUCAGUGGCCAUUUCAUAUCGCUGUGGUUUGCCAUCAUGUUAUCCGUUUGGAGAGUCACUCCCUCCCCGCAUCCCUCCCAGAUCUGACCAUGCUUCAAAAGGGAGUUAGAAUUCAGUGGGAGGGUCUUUGAAGCUGAAAAAGCAGCUCUUGGUGCUGGGAAUGUGGUCUGUAUGGAUGCAGUAACCUAUGAAUCAACAAGCGACAUGGGGUGUGUGUAAUUUUAUAUUUUUCCAUGAUACUAGUUGGAGAGCUAAUACCUCACUCCAGGUUUAUUCUGCUUUUCAGGUUGCAUGUCUGAUCUGACUGGUCCUAAAGCACUGAGUGGAUUUUUGGGCAGGUCACUCUCUGUGAGAUGCAGAUAUGAUGUUGUGUCUAGGAAAUAUGUAAAAUAUUGGUGCAAAGGAAGUUCAUGGAGCAGUUGUGAAAUAGUUGUUCGGACGACAGGAUCUGAAGAAGAAAGGACAGCUAGCAGAGUUUUUAUCAAGGAGAAUCAUUCUCGUUUGGAAUUCAGAGUCAGACUGGAGAACCUCACACAGGAAGAUGCUGGGAUUUACUGGUGUGGCAUACAAAGAACUGGCUCUGAUUAUGGAUUCCCUGUAAAUAUUACUGUUCUCCCAGGUGAGUCCUGUUUCCAAGCACCACAGGAAACCCAAAAGACGGAAUAAAUGUGAUCUUAUGCACAUUAACCCCAAAGGUGCUUACUGCUGGGUAAGUGUGCACAGACUUGCAAAGAUAAGGAGAGUUCCUUCUUGUAUACUUUAAAUAUAUAUAGGAAGUGAAUACAGUAUUGUGAUAAUUUUUCUCUUUCCAAAAGGAUAUUAUAUUGCCCGUUAAGCAGGUAAAUAAUGGUAAAUGAAACAAGGCUUGUUUUAUGUUGCUGCAUGAUGCUGGUGUAAAAUUCACAUUAGGGAAAACUAUGCUUGCAGAAUUGUCUCCUGUCACCGAUUCCCCUGUCAGCAAGUUCAAAAUCCCAAGGGACAUAAUAAAAUAAUGGGCGGCUUCCAACAGGGUAUACAAAAACAGCAGCAGCAGAAUAGAAUAUCACACAUUAAAAGUACCCUGAUAUAGGUCUGCCUUCAGAUGUUUACGGAAGAUCAUAUAAUUAUUUAUCUCUUUGACAUCUUACUGGAGGGUGUUCCACAGGGUGGGUGCCACUACUGAGAAGGCUCUCUACCUGCUUCCCUGUAACUGAACGUCUCACAAUGAGGAAACCCCCAGAAGGCCCUUGAAUCUAGACCUCAGUGUUUGGGCUGAACAAUGGGGGCGGAAACACUCCUUCAGGUAUACUGGGCCAAAGUCAUUAAGGGCUUUAAGCCAACACUUUGAAUCGUGCUCAGAAACACACUGGGAGCCAAUAUAGGUCUUGUCGCGCAGUGAAGUCAAAACACAGGGUCAAAAUUCACAGUAAAAAAAACCUUUACUGAGGCAAACAGAUUUCUUUACAAACACUAUACCAACAAUAAUGGAAGAGAGCAAAAUAAAAAGAAGUAAAGAGCACACUGAGCCCAUGUAUUUAUCCUUCCUGGCUCCGUGUUACUUCCUGUAAUUGAAACAAUAUUUGUAUAAGGAAUGAGUCAGCUAGAAGAAUGAAUCUUCACUUUUCAGCAUUUUCCAGCACUUUACUGCUUCUGUUCUCAAAGGCCUUUGUCACAUGACUGGUCUUUCAGGAUAGAUGUUAUACAGUAUAGUCCCAGCAGCUGCUCCCAGUCACCAGUCUGGCAGCCACAUUCUGCAUUAAUUGUAGCUUCUGAGUCACCUUGAGCGCAUUGCAGUGGUCCAAGCUGGAGAUAACCAAAGAAUGCACCACUCUGGCAAGACAGUCUGCAGGCAGGUAGGGUCUCAGGCUCGCUUUUAUGAGCCAGAAUAGGCAAGGGUCGAGGAGACAGGUUUCACUCAUCCAGGCACACUGUCUACCUCCUCAGAGGUAAUCGGGUUGAAAUUGAUCUUAUACAACUUGACUAGACAGAGCGCUGAAACUCUCCCACCCCAGCCCUGCUACCACAGUGGCGCCUGCCUCUUUCUGAAUCUGGGUGAUUUUAUCUGCAAAAAGCUUUGCAAAAUCGUUGCAGGACAUUUUGGAGUCCUUCUUGGACCUCAGUGGCAAAGGUGGUUCUGUUAGACUACAAACCACCUAAGAGUCUCCUGGAACCACUUUCUGCAGAUGCCAUAGACAGUGAAAAGGGUCUUCUUUGCCAUCGCUAUUGCGAUUUGGUAGGCUCUGCAAUGAGCUCUAACCUAUGUUCAGUCCAAUUUAGGACAUGUUUCCCCCCACCGGCGCCCUAGUCCUCUCAGAGAUCGUUUCAUCGCCUUCAGCCCUUGGGAAAACCACAUGGUCAUCCCAGCUCCAUGCAAUCGAAGAGGGCACUUCAGAGUUAACAGUCUAAAACCCUGUUUAACUACACAUUCCAGUGGGUCACCAGAGUAUCAGCUGAGAGGCCAUCAGCAUGGGAUAAUAAUGUAUCCCCUACCCAGUGUUUUUUUUCUGGGGGGACGCAGGGGUACACAUACUCCUAAACAUUUUGUGAAUCUUUGUACAGUACUUUUAUCCAUUUAGCUACUGUAUUUAUUUCCCCCGAUUUGAACUUUAAAAUGGUGAUUUUCUUGAGUCAAAAUGAGAGUACCCCUAAACAUUUUUUAAGGGGGGAAAAAAGCACUGCACCUAUCACGCUUUUGAAGCCAUUUGGAUCCGUUAAGUGGCAGAGGCAGACCAUUCAAAUUGGUCUCACCUCCCUGCAGAUGGGAAGGGUUGCGGAGAAGUCUAGUUGUACCAGGAAGUGAUCUGACCACUGGCACUUGUUUUGUUUGACUGGAACUAUCCCUUAUUUGCCAGUCCCUCUUCACAUUUUCUGAAGUUCUUGGUCUCUUCAGUGUCUGAAGCUGUCCAUUUCUUCAUCUUUGUUCAGCUUCCUCCUCAGAUUCAGAAGAAACAACAGCAAUUAGCAGGCAGUCAGAACCUGAUCGCUUUCUAAUAACUACCACACAAGAACAAACAAACAAACAAUCAGGCUUCAGCCCUAUUCCAACAGAGUAAGUAUUGAGAUUCCCUUUGUGUAAACAUGUGAUAUCACUGAUAUUUUGGCUCAGCAACCUCUAAAAGGUUUUCAUGCUGCCACCUCCUGGUGGCUAGCAAGGCCUGUUUUCCUUGUUUGUAAUUCAUUUUUUAAAUAAAUUUUUCAAUUAUACAGUUUCCACAAAUAAAACAACCACCUAUAAAAUAAUACAUCAACUUCCCUUCUUCUCCUUCCGUGGGUCUUUUAAGUUUCCCAUUCUUACUGCCUAUUUUAUUCCAACCAACCAAUUUCUCCUCCUUUUCAUAUUACCUCAAUCAAAAUCAGACUGUUGAAUUAAUCCUGCUUCGUGUUUUCACUUUCUUACAAUUAUAUGCAAAUACUCCACAAAAACUUUCCAUUCCUGUUUAUAAACUUGAUCAUCUUGUUCUCAGACCUGGCUGGUUAUGCCUUCUGACUCUGCACAUUCCAUCAUUUUUGGUUGCCAUUCCUCCUAGUUUUCCUAUAUUCCUGAAGUCGUGUCCCUGGAAGGAGGAGGCACUGCCACUACAAGCAAGGAGGGAGGCGGGUGCAGCCCCCAGAUGCCACCCUUGAGUGCCAUUUGAGUCGAUUCCCUCAGAAAGGCUCAUGGGAGCACCGGCUGUGGGGUGUUAAUCCACAAAGCUUCUAUAUUAGAGAAUGGUGGGAAAUAGUCCUGUUUUCUUCUAUCAGCAAUUAUAUGAUAUCUGCUCAGAGUGGCUGGGCAACCCAGUCGAAUGGGUGGUGUAUUACUAUGGUUAUGAUUCUGUUUCAUUUACACAGAUACCUGAUUUAUGGGCUUUUCGCCUUGAAAACCCUUAUCUUCCUGGGUCUGGUCAUUGCAAUUAUCUGGAUGCAUAGAAGAUACAAUCAGAAGAGACCUUCAGCUGCCACACGGCAAGAAAAUGCUGCACAGUAA